AUGUCUGAUGAGUCAAAGUCAAAUGCAGACAGAGAUCUUCUCGCGCGGCUAAAUGCACUGAAAACGUCGACGGUGUCUUUUGAGCAGACAAAUUUUCAGACACCUCUCGGGAGAGCGCCUCCUGUUUCGCUUGAUCCUACCCCGGCUCGUGCCCUCCACUCAGACCUUCUGACAAGAUGGAAAUCUCUCGGAGGCAGUCCUUCUUCGGCUCUUCAAGACCCCGCUACUUCGGCCCCAAAGUCUGAGGACGAGAAAACAGUGGAGGAACUCCUGGCAGAUUUAGGGCCUUCGGAUGCGUGGGAAGUCGGACAGAGUGAAGAGGAACAGGUCGCAGAUCUGCUGCGGACUGCAAAGUCAGCGCUGGCAGAUGCGUCACACACAAAAAGUGAAGGAUUAGGCGCAGACCAAGCUGAAGGCACAACAGAAGGGGAGGACAACAUAUCUACAAAGCUCCCGCCGAUUGAUGUUUCGGUGUUUCAGCCCGGGCCCGAAACAGAAGAGAGCCCAGUCACCGCGGUAGGCAACAACAAGCUGAAAGACACUUUGGACCAGGAGGCAGAUGAAUUGUUGGCAAGGAUCCUAGACGAGGCCAGGCUUGAAUCUGCAGAGACACAGGACCAAAACACGAGUCUCCCAGAGGAGGACGCUGAAGAGAAUACCUCCCCGAGAGAUAUAGAGCAUGCGAAUCCUAGUUCUGAGCGGGACGCGUCUUCUUUUGACCUCCCCACCACACCUUCCAAACUGCCAGACCCGUCCAACCCAACCAAGCCGUCAAAUGAAGACGACGACGACGACCUCGCCUCUCGCUUUGCCGGCCUAUCCCUCCCGGCAGUCCCGACGGGCAUAAAAUCCACCAAGGCAACCUCGUCCACGCCAAAGCCCAAGAUCGGCUUCACCGACGAGGAGAUCGACACGUGGUGCAUCAUCUGCAACGACGACGCCACGCUGCAGUGCAUCGGCUGCGACGGGGACCUCUACUGCACGAACUGCUGGGUGGAGGGUCACAGGGGCGAAAGCGCCGGGUUCGAGGAACGCAGCCACAAGGCAAUCCAAUAUGUGAAGGGGGGCGGGAAGAAAAAAGCGCCCAAGAGGAGAGUCAUGAUGGGUGCUUGA